CAGACGUCACCACGGGAAGCAAUGACGUCAUUGGAGGGGGCGGAAUCUCAUGGCUUAGGCCUCGCCUAGCGGGAGGGACCGGCAGCCGCGUCCGGGCGUAGGCCAAGAUGGCGGCUCCCUCGCUGCUGGGCUGCGGCCGGGCGGUUACCCGCAAGGUGUUGGGGCUGGAGGCCCGGGGGCUGCGAGAGGCGGCCCCCUCGGCGGCGCUCUGCACCAGGCCUGUGGGCUCCGGGACGCCCUCGGCGGCGCCACCGAAUGUAGUGGCACCACAGGGAAGCAACAAGAUGCUAGCCAUCAAGGCACCAGUUGAAUUUCCUAAAAUGUUGUCUUCUAGCUCUCUCCUAGCAUCUGCAAACAAAGGUGAGAGCAUAUCUAGUAAUAACCUCGAGGAAGCUUCAAAACCUUCUGCUGAAGACAUGAGGACAUUCAUGUCAAGGAAAACUGUGGUUGGAUUUCCUCAGCGAGUGGUUGGUUCUUCCCUCAAGGAUGAACACCUGACUACACCUGCAACAGAAAGAGGCUUGAGGAGACAGCUAGUCGAGGAAGAAACUUCAUCUUCAUCCAGCUCAUCAGAUUCAGAUUCUGAGGAAGAAAAAGAUGUUGAUGCUUCAGAAGUUGCUAUUAAAACCAAAGUUGAGUUUCCUAGACGAGAUUCCAUCUUUUCUGACAUCGCAGUAAAAGCAUCAAUGCUAGCCAAAGAGAAAUUUCCCCAGAAAUCCCACAAAGAAAAUGGAGCUAAGAAGAAGCCACGCAAAAUAGAACAUGAUGUGUCUCCUGCCAAGCAGGUCGCAUUUUCUAAAACAUCAGUCAGCCAUGAGACCUCAAAGUCCAAAGCAAGGGAGCCCAAAGUAAAAUCAACUCCAAAAGAAACAAACCGGCAGAAGCUGGUCUUAGAACCAUACAUGAUUGAAAGCCAAGACCUGACUGACAUCACUCAAAAAUCUGAUUAUUUGGAGGAAAAAUCCAUUGGAACCCAAGUAGCAGCUAUUCAGCUGAAAGCUCCGUCAGUGAUUCGGGAAGACAAAAAGCAAAAACUGGUAUCCAGAGGAAAAGAAAAAAAGGUGAAGCAAGUGCAGGAAUCAGAAGAAACUGUUCCUAAAGUAGAAGAAACCGUACCUAAAGUAGAAGAAACUUCUGAAAGCACAAUGGUGGUAGUGGGCACUACAGCAAAGGAGGAGACCAUUCAGGAAGCAGGAGUCCAGGCUGGAGAAAAAAGCACAAUAGAGGAGGCCACAAAAGCUGCUGAGCCUGCUCCAGAAGAAUUCGAUAAUUCUACCUACAAGAACCUUCAGCAUCAUGAAUAUAACAUUUAUACCUUUGUUGAUUCUGUUGCUGUUCUCUCAAAAUUCAGGCAGCCUCAGCCAUCUUCUGGAAGACCAUCACCAAGGCACUGAAGGAACCACGUUUAAAACAAAUGCACAGGCAGAAUGAUAAAUUGUUCUAUUUAGCACUGUUGCAUCAUCUGUAUUAUAAAUCAGAUAAUAUAUAAUAAAUAAAUGCAUAAUAAAUUAUGAAUGUGCUUUUGAACAGUU